CAUCACCUGAACCCGGAGCGUCACCAUGGCGACCGGACUGCUGCUCCUGCUGACCUCGCUGGCCUCACUGGCGGCGCUGGCGGCGGCGUCGCACCACUUCGGCGGGACGGUCAGCUUCACCUACAAGGGAACCAACGCCGACGGAACCUUCCAGGUGGCCAUUCGCAACAGGGCGACCUACGAUGGUUGCCAGUACAACCACAACUGGUUCUGCUACACCGGCAACUGUGGAAACGUCAGCUCAAGCCAGAAAAGCACGAUUGACGGAAGCACAAAUGUGACCUCGUACAACAGCCAGUGGUGUGAGACCGAAACGGUUGAGAUGAGGGCCGUCUCCACCAACACACCCUUUCAGAUGAGGUCAGCUAGCUGCUGCUGGAUUCCAACACGAAACUCUGUUAAUCAUUGGAGGCUGAAUACCCUGGUGGACUUGGGAGUAAGAUCCGACACUGGGAAACCAAACAGUUCCCCAGACAUUGCCAUUCUUCCCUUCAUGAGAGUUCCUGCGAACUGCCCCCGAACCUACAAGCUGAUGUCCUACGACCCCGAUGGUGACAGAGUCCGGUGCAGAUAUGGGAAUAUCCCAUAUGUAGAGUGUGUUAAUUGUAAUCUACCCCAAGGCUUCCACCUCGAUCAGGACUCUUGCACCUUACAUUACCGAAAUGCCAGCGACAACCCGAGGGUGUUUGCCUUUGAGAUGGUGGUGGAAGAUUACCCGCGAGGGCACAUGGAUCUGUCCUACUCAGACGGGUCAAGGACGCACAAGCAUCCGCUGCUCUCCAGGAGAAAGAGGUCACUAUUACAUCAACAGUUAACUACGACCUCCCCCACACCUUCCUCAAGUGCACCUUACGUCAACAGUCCUCCCCUCAGCAAACUACCACUGCAGUUCUCGUUACUUGUGGACCCGGCCGCCCCUUCCUGCCAGGAGGGCGUCUUCGUGCCCAGGUUUGUGUCUCCAACACCUGAGAACGGAGAGCACAUCCAGGCCGAGGUCAACAAAGAGACGGAGAUCAGAAUCAGAGCGGUGGCGACGCAUUCAACCCUGCAGAACAUCAUCAUCAGCGGCCCGACCAACGUCUCCAAGAGCAGGAACACUCACGACGAGUUCGUCAUCAGGUGGACGCCGACCGUGGACGACCUCGGAGAUCAUUACCCAGUCUGCUUUGCAGUGGAAUCCUCUACAGGGUGA